AUGUCCCAGAAACAUCCCCCUGAGCGCAAAAUCGCGAACCCAUUGUCUCAUCUGUAUGUCGAGACGAGUUGGCGUGAUACACCCGAACUUCCACAGGCAGAGGAGAUUAUGAAAGCUUCGUACAUCCUUCCAAAGAACGACGGCCUCAAUGUCGUCUACCCGACGAAAAGCGCGUAUCUCCGGGCCCAAUACGAUCUCUUACGCUUCGAGGGCACCGAGCCUCUCCGUAGAGCCGUUCAAGAAUACAAAUCCGCCCCCGAGAUGGCAGAGAGCACUGAGACGUGCAUAUAUACCGAUGUAAGCAAUCUACUAAGCAUUCCCAAUCAGUAUGGGAUUGGAUCUAAUUGGAGAUGCCCAAAGGUCUCUGUCCGCGGAGUCAACAUCAUCCGCCUCGGAGUCAUGGUCCGCAUCACCUUCUCCGCCAUCCGCGCACGGCAACUCAUCAACUGGCCGGCAUCUCAGCGUGUGGUCCCAGGCACAAUAGUAGCUCUGUCUCCCGCCUCGGACCACUUCAGAACACAGUGUAUCGUGGCAGUGGUGACGGGUCGUUACGAUGAUCUCGCCGGCAAUUCAACGGCGCCUCCUCCCUUGGAUCUCGAAUUUUCGGAUCCCAGUAUCACUGCGAGUUUCAUGGAGCCAGAUAAAGAGUAUGUCAUGGUCGAAGCCCGCUCAAACUACUUUGAAGCCGUUCGACACGUUUUGGAGGGGCUCAAGCAAACAGCAGAAGACGAUUCACCAUUCGACAAGUACUUCAUCGGCCAAUUUAACACCGUUGACAUGUCUAGUUCACUGCCAUCAUCGUCCACUACAUUGGACAUCUCAGCCCUCCAUGACGGUCUUCAACGCCCAGUUCCCAUAUACAUCCCCAAACAAGGCGACAUACCAAGCCACAUACAGUCGAAGACAAGACUAGACCAAUCCCAACUACAAGCCCUCCAGCGCAUGAUAACAAAGAACCUCGCCAUCGUCCAAGGCCCACCCGGAACAGGCAAGACGCACACGUCCAUGGCGGCGCUCAAAGUCCUGCUAAGCACGCAGCACUCUAAUGUGCCCAUCAUCGUCACGGCCCAAAAGAAUGACACCGUCGACGAGCUCCUCGUCAGAUGCCACAACCUUGGCGUGGACUUUGUACGCCUCGGCGGCCAGGCCAAGGACGAGGUCGUUGCCAGCCGGACUCUCUUCAACCUCCGCACGCGAUCUCGCGGCAAGACGUGGAGCAAGAGCGCGCUCGAGAAACGUCUCGUCUCCCUCAGAUUUCAGGCGAAGCUUCUACUCCAGCGCUGUUUCCCCCCCGCACACCAGGAGCUGAUUCUACCGGAACACUUCCGCGAGGUUGGUCUGAUCAGCGCGGAGCAGUAUGCCUCCGUCACGAAGUGCUGGGACGGCGACGUCAGAUCCAUCGCCCGGGAGGGAUCCCAACACUUGCUCGGAUCGUGGCUCGGUGACCAGUUGCUCGCCCAAUUACCUCAUAGGAGCGUUCACGUUCCUCUCAGCGACGGCAUCGACAAUGACGAAGCAGCAUCAGGGCCCGCGAUCAGCGAGAAGGGUUCAGCCGAUAACAAGAAAGAGCAGUUGUCGGGCAAGCCUAUCUUGAUCGCGCGCUGGAACAGCAUCAAAUACUCGAAAGGCGUUGCUCUCAACCACAAGAUGGCGCAAGAGCUGCUCGUCAAAAAUGGAAACCUCUGGUCAAUUGUGCCCAAGUAUCGCGGCAUGGUCUAUCACUACCUCGAACGUAGAUACCUCGCAUCAACCAAGCUAGCCCUGUCCGCAAUCUUCAGGCAGCUCGACAACAUAGUCAAGAAGCUCAAGGUCGCCCGCUGGCAAGAAGACAUCACCGCAGUCCGCGAGUCAAAGGCCCGCAUCAUAGGCUGUACGACAACAGGCCUUACAAAGUACCGCAGACUCAUCGCCGCGCUACGGCCGCGCGUCAUGAUGAUCGAAGAAGCCGCCGAGACCCGCGAAGCAAACAUCACCGCCGCGUUGUUCCCCUCCCUGGAGCGAAUCAUCCUCGUCGGCGACCACAUGCAGCUAGCGCCCCACGCCGACUGCCUCGAGCUUAGCAAGCCCCCAUUCUACCUCAACGUAUCUCUGUUCCAGAGGCUCGUGGAGCGCGGCCUGGAGCAUUCUACCCUUCAGGUGCAGAGACGCAUGGCGCCCGACAUUCGCAAGCUGCUGAACGCAUGGUAUCCUCUCCUGGUGGAUCACCCUUCGACGUUUGACCGGGAAGCUGUCCCGGGCAUGGGCUUGCAGAGCGUGCUGUGGUUCAAUCACCAACGGCCCGAGUCAUCUGACCGGUACUGCAGCAAGGUCAACACGUUCGAGGCCUACAUGAUUGUCGGGCUAUACGGCCACCUAGUGUCCAACGGCACGAGCCCGUCAGAAAUCACCAUCCUGACCUUCUACAGCGGACAAAAGGCAUGUAUCGAACAUAGACUCCGCCAAACCCCCGGCGCCGGUCACCUCGGGCCCGAGGUCCAGACAGUGGAUGGGUACCAGGGCAGGGAGAACCGCAUCAUCCUCAUCUCCAUCACCCGAAGCCCGGAAGAUCGCACGAAACCAGACUCGGGCUUCCUCAACGACCUAAGACGCGCCAUAGUCGCCCUCAGCCGCCCUCGACACCUGCUAGUCAUCCUUGGCGAUAUGCAGAAUCUGCUAGCGUCGUCAGCUCGGCCGAUUUGGAGCGAGGUCUUGAACAGGAUGGAGGUAUCGCCUACGGACUACAUCCCCGUCUUCUGCAAAGCGCACAAGAGUGAGAUUCGCAUCCGGCAGCCGGGUGAUUGGGCAAAACUUGCGGGUAAAGGAGGCUGUAGUAUGCGCUGCGGGCGACCAACGGCUGCACAAGGAGCAACAUGCGGCCGAAAGUGCCAUGGAGGCUCAUGUAAGCCCACGGUCGGCACAGGAAGAUCUUAUAGACCUGAGCGACUGACUUCUGAGGUGGCGGGCUGGAAGGACGCCUCGGGGCACGACAUUGAAGUGUGGGAGAACGGGCGCAGGAUUCACACUGCACACGGCGAACAACGCUGGCUGAAAACCGACGCACGUAAGAGCACGGCGAGGCCACAUGGGCAGAUCACAGGCCCAGGCAGGUCUUGCAACGUACACGGAACUACAUCAAAGUCGAAGACGAUUGAGCAUGGCCGAGUAACUCAUCCAUUGUUAGACAUCACUAGCCAGGUCAACGCGGAACCGUCUCCCAUCAAGCCGACGUUGGAAACUGCCAGGACUCAACCUAACAUCAUAACGCAACGUUUCGCAGCCCAAUUAACCAAUCAUUCGGUUACAAAAGACUUCUGUGAAGAGAGCCAUGAGGCCCCCUUCCUUUCGACUCCACACGAGGCGUCCGGGAUGGUAGGGGCCACACCCGCUGCGGGCUACCGGAAGGCGGAAGCGAAAAUUUUCUUGCGUUGGCGCGAAGCGGAAAUGGAAGCAGUUCACGACAGAAGAAUCGCUUCUUUUUCUUUCUGA